UUUCUUUACGGCUUCUCGGCUCCUCCGCAGUCCGAGCUACGGUAACGUGGCGCCGUCCCCCUACAACGCGUACUGAUGAAGCAGAAGAGGAAAGGUGCCAAAAAGACAAAGCGGGACGAAGGGGAAAGGGAGGCGGCAAUGGAUGACCCGCAAGACCUGGAUGAACCCCACACGUCCAAGGACUUCUCCUCCCUGAGGACCCCCGCGCCCUGGGGAGAUCUCAGCCCUGCUGAGCUGAUGCUGUUGACUAUAGGAGAUGUUAUCAAGCAGCUGAUUGAUGCCCACGAACAUGGGAGAGACAUCGAUCUCAAUAAAGUGAAAACCAAGACAGCUUCCAAGUAUGGCCUUUCAUCCCAGCCCCGCCUGGUGGACAUCAUCGCUGCGGUCCCUCCUCACUAUCGAAAGGCCCUGAUUCCCAAGUUAAGGGCCAAACCCAUCAGGACUGCCAGUGGGAUUGCUGUUGUGGCUGUGAUGUGCAAACCUCACAGAUGUCCACACAUCAAUUUUACAGGGAAUAUAUGUGUAUACUGCCCUGGAGGACCUGACUCGGAUUUUGAGUACUCAACCCAGUCUUACACAGGCUACGAGCCAACUUCCAUGCGAGCUAUUCGUGCUAGAUACGACCCUUAUCUGCAGACAAGACAUCGGAUUGAGCAGCUAAAGCAGCUUGGUCACUCCGUGGACAAGGUGGAGUUCAUCGUGAUGGGUGGAACGUUCAUGGCCCUUCCAGAAGAAUACAGAGAUUAUUUUAUCCGAAAUUUGCAUGAUGCUUUAUCAGGCCACACUUCAAACAAUGUUCUUGAGGCAAUCAAGUAUUCUGAGAAAAGCCUCACAAAAUGUAUUGGAAUUACGAUUGAGACCAGACCUGAUUACUGCAUGAAGCGGCAUCUAAGCGACAUGUUGACUUAUGGCUGCACGAGGCUGGAGAUCGGGGUACAAAGUGUCUAUGAAGAUGUGGCCAGGGAUACCAACAGGGGCCACACUGUGAAGGCAACAUGUGAAUCAUUCCAUCUGGCCAAAGAUUGUGGUUUCAAAGUGGUAGCUCAUAUGAUGCCUGACCUGCCAAACGUGGGCCUAGAGAGAGACAUUGAGCAGUUUAUAGAAUUUUUUGAGAACCCUGCUUUUCGUCCUGAUGGUUUGAAGCUGUACCCUACCCUGGUGAUCCGUGGAACUGGGCUGUAUGAGCUGUGGAAAUCGGGACGAUACAGGAGCUAUUCUCCCAGUGACCUGGUUGAGUUGGUGGCUCGGAUCCUAGCCCUCGUGCCCCCGUGGACUCGUGUGUACCGAGUGCAAAGAGACAUUCCGAUGCCCCUCGUCAGCUCAGGAGUGGAACAUGGCAACCUGCGAGAGCUGGCAUUUGCAAGAAUGAAAGACCUUGGAAUACAGUGCCGAGAUGUGAGAACCAGGGAGGUUGGAAUCCAAGAAAUUCAUCACAAAGUGCGGCCUUACCAGAUUGAGUUGGUGCGGAGAGAUUAUGUUGCCAGUGGUGGCUGGGAAACUUUCCUGUCCUACGAAGAUCCUGAACAGGACAUUCUGAUUGGCCUCCUGAGGCUGCGGAAGUGCUCCGUGGAAACUUUCCGAUUCGAAUUGGGCGGGGGUGCCUCCAUAGUCCGAGAACUACAUGUGUAUGGAAGUGUAGUUCCUGUGAGCAGCCGGGAUCCCUCCAAAUUUCAGCAUCAGGGGUUCGGCACACUGCUGAUGGAAGAAGCAGAAAGAAUCGCUCUAGAAGAGCAUGGAUCUGGGAAAAUUGCAGUUAUAUCAGGCGUUGGCACCAGGAAUUACUACCGAAAACUUGGCUACAGAUUACAAGGCCCGUACAUGGUAAAGAUGCUAAAAUAAUGGCCACGCCCGUCUACCUUCGUGCAGCAACCUCCCUGGCAGAAGACCAAGAGUAGGGUCUCUUGAAUACCCAGCCGUGGCUAAGCAAGUAGAUGAACCUGCACCCCACCCCUUGUGAAGUAUUGUGUCCUCCCCUGUGGCUGCUAGCUCCCAGCUCUAGCCUCUCCUGGCAGAGGCUCCUACCCCCUUUGUGUCCCCGUGGAGUUACUUCUGCUUUUGAGGCUUAAAUGAUGUUUCUAGUUUCUAAUUCUGCAUGAAGGCUGCAGGUGACCCAUUUGGGCUCCGACGCUGUGACAAAAGCCAAUCAACUCCUUUGACCAUCAUCGCUUGUGAUUGUCAUCUAAGGGGCAGCCUCGGGAGGAGAUUAUAUACUCCAAAGAUGAAAGCCGGACUGCAGCACAGAAACGCUGUCAGCGUGACUCUCUGGCCUGUAACUACGUGCACGUUCACCCUGCACAGGAAGUCAUCAGUGACUGUGCUUCUGUCUUGAAAUGUGCUAUGUUUGGGAAAAGAAGAGCUGAGGUUGUGGGUUGUGUUGAUAAGCUUGGUGCCAGCCAUCACCAGCCAUCCUGUCGGGGGCCUUCCCUGACCCAGGCUGUCAUCUGCAGGGCGGUGUGAGCUAUCUCCAGAGUGCCAGGCUAGCUCUGUGCCAGCCAGUUCUUCUGUCCUAAGCAGACAUGGUCCAGUGUGCGUAGCCAGAGCCUCGCGGCCCUGGCCGAGACUAGUCCAUCCUCAGAAGUGUCUUUCUGCAUGCUAAUUGUGUAGGUGGGUGUGACGGUGCUGCAUGGAGACGUAGGAGUUUGAUAGUGUGUGAAGCAGGCCUGCCUGACCUGCACAGAGGGGGGGUGGGUUUCCCAAGGCUCCUUCAUUCAUCUAGUCCACUCAGUAGUCUAGGCUCUGAGAGAGCCUGCCUCUCCUGGGCAUCUGCCAUUUCCAUCAGUGUGUGAUGAAAACUGUUCUCUAAAGGUCUGAAAAAUAAAGUCCUUAGCAUAAA